AUGCCGCGGCCGUUUCCUCUCCCCAUUAGUAUCGGUACUGAUUUGUGCUCCGUGCACCGUAUCUUCAAGAUCAUCAGGGAUGGCGGUAAAAAGAGCGAUUUGUUUUUGAAACGGCUACUGACGGAUAAGGAGAGGGAAGAGUUCGGGAAGAGACGACAUUACGAAUCGAUACAGUCGUGGCAGAACCUUCAAAAUUGUCGGGUUGAAUUGCAUAAAAAAAGGGUAGCAUUGGGGAUCCCGAAGUCAUUUGCGAAAGAAAGGAAGCUCAUGGCGGAGGCCAAGGCAGGGAAGGUGGAGGAGAGCGGCACCGAAGUGAACACGACGAUUAAGAGAAGCUUGUCUCAAGAUGGCAACCCUGGUUCUGUAGAGUCAGUGGCUUAUAAGGAUAUAAUAGGGGAGGAGGAAAAUGGCAACGGUGUGGGCGACAUAACGACUGAGAAAGCAACGUCUGGCGAGAACAAGCCUGCUCCUGUAGAAUCCUUGGUUUCUGAGGACAGCGCUCACACCGGGAAGGUGGUUGUCAAAGAUGCUACCAAUGAUAAUAGCUCUCUGGAAGAUCGUAUUGCAGAGAUAGACAGUAAGGAAAGGCUACAAUCGAUAGAGGGAGAAAUCAGUGGACAACAGAUUUAUAUCGAACAAAGACUGAGCAAAGCUGCUGAAUUUCUGGCAGGCAGAUUCGCAGCUAAAGAAGCAGCCACUAAGGCAUACAGCUCUCUACGACGGCUCACAUUCCAAGAUAUCUGGAUCCGCGCCCCACAACCGCUGGACGGGAGGACGCAGGCACCAGAGGCUCUCAUUUUACCUGAGAAUGGAAAUUGGGAAGAUGCGCAGAUUAUACCGAUGAGCAUUAGCCAUGACCAAGGUUUUGCAACUGCCGUCUGCCUGGCUUACAACGAUAAAAGCAGUCCCUGA